AUGACAGAAUUUACCAUUCCUGAAAAUUUAUCUUCUAAAACCUUUUGUCCACGUGCAAUAUUUUGGACAAACAUAACAUUACUUGGCUUUAAUCCUUCAAUACAUGCAACAGGAUCUUAUUCCGUCAUCAAAUUCGACCAAAAUAUGUUUACUCAAGGUCCAAGUAGUGUAAAAGCUAUGGAAAUUAUCAUUUGGUUUCUAUUUAACGAGCUGGAUAGUGAAUUAGCAGAAACUAAAUUCUAUAAAUGCUGGCCGAUAAUAGGUUUAGAAGAUAGUAGAGAGUUUCGAUCUUUGGCUUAUAAAUGGUUGGAACAAUUAAGGAGAGAGAGAUGUUUUGUUGGUGGUGAUAAUAUUGUGUUAAGGAAAUCUAUGUUUGAUGAAUGUGAUGAUGAUAGAUUUUAUAAAUUGAUGAUGGUGUUUUCAAAUUAUGUUUUAAAAGAAAAGUUGAAAAAAGAAUUUCCUGAAUUUCAAGCUCAUUUGAUUGAUUUCGAGUCAGUUAAAGAACAAUCUCUAGAAUUCCAGAAAAAUACAUUAAUGUCGCAUAUUAAGAUACAAACUGAUAAAUUUUUAAGCAAUACACAAAAAAGAGUGGCAAUUCAUGAUCAAUGGAAAUCAUUAGCUGAUAAUAUUACACAGCAAUUUAAGGAUAUAGUAAAUCAAAAUAAUGAACUAGAGAAAAAAUAUAGUGAAUUAUAUAAAGGAUCAAGUUCAUUUGAAGUAUUUGGUAUAGUUUCAGUUGAAGAUCUUGAAUCCAUAAAAAAAGAAUAUUUGCAAGAAGUUCGUUCAUUAUGGAAUAUAUGUUUGGAUUAUAUCAAGAAGUCUGAUAGUUAUCAUGAAUGUGUUGAUCAUAUUAUCAAUGAUAAUACCAAUAAAUAUAAAUUGGAUGGUAAUAAUAUUAAUUUAAAAGUUCCCGAAAUAAUAAUUAAAAAAUGGGAAAAUCAAUUUCAAUUGAAGAUUAAAUCUAGAUUAAAAAGUACAAAAAUUGUGAAAUUUCGUCAUUUAAAUUUAGAAACUGUUUCCAGAAAUUCAAUGUUACAUGCGCGGGUGGAUUCCGCGUAUUUAAAUGGUCCAUCCAUUCUUAGAAUAUUUUUAUGGGAUCAAGCGUAUCAUGAAAAUAUAUGA